AUACGAAGUUUGUCCCGUUUGUGUUUCCGUAGCAGCUGUACGUGUACUGAUGAUUCCACUCUCAAAACUACAGCAUUUAUUCCAGUUUUAGUUUAUAAAGUAGUUUAAAUAGUCAAUGUGCGUUUGUUUUUGGCUAACAUGAGCCUAUUAACGUUUUAAGACUGUUGUUAAAAUCACUGAUAGCGUUUAGUUUGGUAACUGAUGGCAUUAGUGUGUACUGUGGUGAGUGGUGUCCUUGUCACUGGUGUAGUAUUAAUAACAGUGUUUAUUUUACGAUUAUUUGGGAUUUUACGACAUGGAUGUGAAUAUAAACCAGGACAGAAGGGCUCUGUGUCAGUCCUGGUGGUGGCAGGAUCAGGAGGUCAUACAACAGAAAUCGUUCGUCUGAUGGGGAGUUUAUCUCAGUCUUACAACCCUCGACACUAUGUGAUCGCAGACACCGAUAAAAUGAGCGAAGAGAAGAUCCGAACAUUUGAAGCAGAGCAGGAGAAAAGCGUUUCACCCUCUCAGUUCACCAUUCACCGGAUUCCUCGCAGUCGGGAGGUGCGUCAGUCAUGGAGUUCCUCCGUUUUGAGUUCACUCAGUGCUCUGAUGUCGUCCGUCCCGCUGGUCUUUAGGCUUCAGCCGGAUAUGGUGCUGUGUAACGGUCCUGGGACAUGCAUCCCACUGUGUUUCGCUGGGCUGCUCCUGGGCGUCCUGGGCCUAAAAAGAGUCUUGAUCGUCUAUGUGGAGAGCAUCUGUCGUGUGGAGACGCUGUCUCUAUCCGGGAAGAUCCUGUACUACUUUUCAGACUACUUUUUUGUACAGUGGGCCCAACUUAAGGACAAAUACCCAAAGGCUGUCUACUUGGGGAGACUGGUGUGAGAAGAACAAAUACAGAAAUCCAUUUCUGUAGACUUUUCCACUUUCAUAAUAAGAAUGACAUGCAUUUUGAUACUGUCACAAUCGAUUCAUUGCUAUGCAGGUGCUGAUGUGCUAAAUACACAACUAUGACAACUA